GGCCCGGGGCGAGGUCCCGCCUGGAGCCCGCGGCGGGCCCCGGCGGCGAGCCCAGCUCUGCGGGACGUGUCAGGGGACGUCAGGAGGGCCGGGAGGCAUGCCGUGCGGCAUGGCGGCCAACACAGACGUUUACCCGAGCGGCAGCAUCUUCCAUGAGCUGAAGCUGGUGCUGGACAAGGGCUACUUUCGGUCGUCGUGUCCACUGGAGGAGCGGUGGCAGCAGACGUGUUACGAGAUGGAGCGGUACCUGACGGACGAGCCACUCUGGUCGCUGGACGCGCUCGACUCGGCCAGCCUCAGCUCCGGCUCCUCCUGGGAGACGGCCAGCGCGCGCACCGACGAGCCCGACUCGGAGUCGAGCGACUCGGAGCUGACGCCGCCGUCGACUCGCGUCGACGUCGACGCGGGCCCGGCCGACGGCCGGCGCCGCAUGCACCGCUGCCUUUUCCCCGGGUGCAAGAAGAUGUACACCAAGUCGUCCCACCUGAAGGCUCACCAGCGCACCCACACAGGCGAGAAGCCGUACCGAUGCUCGUGGGAGGGCUGUCACUGGCGGUUCGCCCGCUCCGACGAGCUGACGCGGCACUACCGCAAGCACACGGGCGCCAAGCCGUUCAAGUGUGUGAGCUGCGAGCGCAGCUUCUCCCGCUCGGACCACCUGGCGCUGCACCUGAAGCGGCACCUGGCCGAGACGGCGCACGCUGACCGCGGCCUGUGCUGACGGCCGUCGUGUCGGCGCCCAGCGCUGCUGACGGCUGCCCUCUGCUGAUCGCACACGGCCGGGCCGGCUGGUGUUGACCGGAUCAGAGGUCUCCGCUGAUCGCACCUGGCCGGGCCGGCCAACGCUGACCGGGUCAGCGGUCUCCGCUGAUCGCACCUGGCCGGGCCGGCUGACGUUGACCGGGUCAGAGGUCUCCUUUGAUCGCACCUGGCCGGGCCGGCCGACGCUGACCGGGUCAGCGGUCUCCACUGGCGGCCAUCUCCGCCGACGACUACCCCCGUCGAUCAGGGUGGUGACCUCCCUCGACGCCGAGGGUCUAUGCGUGUGGCGUGCGAGCGGACGGGCGAGCAGCCAGAAGCGCCAACUGGAGCGGCCGCGGCCCGGGCAGCUAACGGCCGAGAGACAGCAAGCCGUGAACGCGACGCGCACAAGGGCCUGGAGCGUAGCCGCGUCCGGACCCGACGUGUCCAGGAGGUGCCACGUACAAAGUGAACUCGCGUCUUACUCGCCCUGUUUUUGGUGUGGUCUUGAGACGGGCCUUCAUGUGGGCAUGGUCGCAAGUCAUCGUUCAUUCGCACCCACAUAGGCUGAAAGAGCCGCGCUGGGAGGGCCACGCUUGUGAAAGCGCCACGCGCUGAGGUCAUGUCCGGGUCCUUAGCAGCGGCACCCGGCGCAAAUGCUGUGUUUGUGUUCGGCACGCUGAAAGCGGACGCCCUUGGGAGCAUGACCUUCCUGUGAGACUAGCCGGCCGCUCUCCCUGGCCGCUGACGGGCAGGGCCGGUACCGUGCUUUGCGCGAGUCGUCCGUUUUAUGCUUGGAGCGUAGAGCAUUUGUCACGUAGGUUCAAGACCACCGACACAUUCUAUGUUGUUGAACGCAUCUGACUUUUUAACCCCAUUUUCAUGCGCGACAUGGCUUUGUUUUAACUUUUUGGUCAUAUUUUUACGAGACUGUGCGACAACGUUAGUGUAAAUAACUGGUGUCUGAGGCGUGUGUCGCAGCUGUGUUCGUAAGUUAUGGCACAUAUUCAUGUCAUAUCUUUGUACAUUUUCAUCGCGGUAUUUGUCUGCCUUGUUUGAUACGAAUUUGCAUGAAAUGUUUAUACCGUACGGAGAGUGUGCGAAUGUAUUUUAGUCACCGUCUUGGAAACGAUCGACAAGCAUUGUUCCUUCGUACCUGUUACGUCCUGUUGAAAAUCCGGGUUGCGUUGUCCAACAACUCCCGACUUACUUCCUUGUAUCUGAAAGCAACCGAAAACGCUGUGGAUGUUUUUUCAAGGUCCAAAUCAUGUAACAGACAAAAUGUAAGCGCUGAAAGCCAUUGCACGUUGUUUGAGUACCCCGACGGUGCCGCGGUAGUUAAUAAUGCAGCGCAUUUUCCCCAUAACUCACCACGAUUAGAAAGAGGGGAGGGAGAAACGAGUUUGCACCGGUUUCUGUCUUCAUCCGAAAGGUCAAUCUUCGUGGGUUCACUAUUAUACAUGUUUUGCGUUUUCCGUGCCAUAAUAUCCGCAGAAGUUACUCAACAUGCUCUUGUCGUUCCCCUGUUUUGCGAGAAUGAUUAAUCACAUCUCUGAGCUGGUCUGGCUACAGUCAAGCUAUCUCAUCAUAAUCUGAUCCCGCAAGCUCUAU